CCUUCUUGUAUAUAAAAAGCACCUUCCCCGCAAAACAGCUUUCCUUUAACCUUCUUCCUAGUUUCUUCUAUUCUAAACAUAAACCAUGUCUGCUGCUGACCGUUUGAACAACAUUAAGGGCCACUUGUCUGGCAACUAUCCCUCGGGUCUUUUGGCUGGUGAGGUCGCCAUUAUCACUGGUUCUGGCCAGGGUAUCGGUAAGAGCUGCGCUGAGAUGUUCGCCCGCGAAGGUGCUCUCGUUACUGUCACUGAUAUCGACGCUGGCAAAGCCAACCAGGUCGCUGCUGACAUUAAUGCCGCUGGCGGCAAGGCCAUUGCUAUUGCUGGCAACAUCAUGGACCCCGAGUUCCCUGAACAGUUGGUCGAAGGCACCGUCAAGGCCUUUGGCAAGCUCAACCACAUCGUCAACAACGCCGGCUUCACCUUUGACGGUAUGGCUCACAAGAUCACUGACAAGCAAUGGGAAACCAUGUUGACCGUUCACCAAACCGCUCCCUUCCGUGUCCUUCGCGCUGCCGCCAAGUACCUCCGCAACAAGGAUGGUGAGAACAAGGCCAUUGUCAACAUUUCCUCCACCUCCGGUCUCCAUGGUAACGUUGGCCAGGCUAACUAUGCCACUGCCAAGGCUGGUGUCGUCGGUUUGUCCAAGACCAUUGCUAAGGAAUGGGGUCUCUUUGGCGUCCGCUGCAACACCGUUGCUUUCGGCUGGGUUGACACCCGUCUUACUCGCGCAAAGGAGACUGGUACUGCCAUCGAGAUUGACGGCCAGAAGGUCGCUUUGGGUGUCCCCACUUCUAACCGUGCUGCCAAGGGCAACCCCUAUGCUGACAUCCCCUUGGGCCGUGCCGGUAACACCGAGGAAGUCGCUGGCUCUGUCAUGAUGCUCUGCACCCCCUUGUCUUCGUACGUCACUGGCCAUACCCUCGAAGUCACUGGUGGCCGUGGUAUCUAAGCAACCUGUCACACACACACACUCUCUCUCUCUCUCGCCCUUGUUCGUUUAUUCUCAUCCUCUUUACCUUUGUACAGUCCAACUUUAUGUUAUUAGUUGAAUAAUAAUAAAAAAAGAAUAUGAUAUCUUUUGUGGUUAAUCCUUGUAC